CGAUCCUAAAAAUCGAAAUUUCCUUAUCAUAAAACAACAAUAACAUGGACUCUUAUUACAAGUUGUAAAGGUUUUUUCCCAUUCCAAGAUUGAAAGAAUGUAUUCCAAGUUGGGCUUGAUUCAAGCACGCAAGGAAAGCAACUAUUCGAACACCGGUUUAGAACUAAAGAUGAUGAAUCCCUAUCCAUAAUGAAAUGAAAAAGUCGUAGAGAUGUCGAAAACAUCAGCAAAUGAUCCAUUUGCUGGAGUGGGAGCCGGUUUGGAUCUUGAUGUCGAUAAAUGGCUACGAGAAACUGAGGAGAAGAGCAGGAAUAACCGUGGUCAAGGAGCAGGCGAAUCAGAGUAUAUCAGUUUGGACGAUUUUGCGCUUCGUAUGCAAAGUGAAGAUGCUCCUCACCCAACGCAAAAUGUGCCGUCAAACGAUAUGGCCACAUCAUCAUUCUCCCGUUCUUGGGAUGGCAAGGAUAUGGUUUAUAAAUGCAGCUAUUGCGAUUAUAAGAAUGCGGAGGAAUACGCAAUGUUGUGUCAUUGUGCGCGGUUACACGUCGAUGAGGACUUUAAUAAUACCAUGUUGAAUAUAAACAAAGCUGCCGCCAAAUUGGAUGAAUCUAUAUCAUUGGGAGCAGACGUUCCUCCAACGUUAAGAUCAACUCAUCACGACUCAGACUCUGAGGAUGAUGGUAUGCAUAUUAUGAAUCCACGCUGUAAUAAAUCGAAAUCUAACGAUCUCAGUUCAAAAUUGACUCGUGCGGACUCGGGAAUAGCAAGUCAGAAUUCAGUAUUAAAUAGUGCAAGUGGCAGAGACAGAAGUGAUACUAGUUCAAGAGGAGUUGAGCGCAGCAUCCAGGAACAAACCAUGACUGGUAGUAGUGUUUCAGUGAGUCCAGCAGCAUCUAAUUCUGGCUCGACAUCACUGCGACACAAAGCAAUUCGCAACGCCAUGGGAGCUAAUACGGAUAGCUGUGAUAGCAGCAGCACCACACGCGAAGACAUUCCAAUCUGUUUUGACAUUCAGUUGCCGACACCACCUGCACUUCUUCCUGAUGACUCCUCAGACGGUCGAAGCAUUGGUGGAGACUUUGACACCCCGAAAAAUAAGAAUAAAGCUGAAGAGAGCCAAAGUGCCGACUCGCGAACUGUUCAGAUCUCAGCCUCUGGUGGGGGUGAGAACUCAGCUAGGGUUUCUCAGCCUGAAACAAGUGGCCGCAUCCCAAUGGCUGUGGCGUUGACUCCUUCCUGGGUAUCAACUCCACCAUCUUUCUUGGCAAGUAAAACUAUAUCAUCGCAACCUUACACUACCUGUGCAGCGAAGCAAGUCAUUCCUUCGCCCCCUCCAUUGAUAUCACAAGCAAAAAGUGGACCGGGAUUCGUCGCGAAUAUCUCGCCCGCCACUACAGGAGUGAGAGAACGAACUCAAGCAAGUCCAGGGGGACCCGGAAUGUUGCCCAACUGGCCGGUCCAGAACCAAACCAGUUCAGCUUCGAAGAUUCUUCAACAAAUUGUACAGGUGCAAUCAAAUCAAACCAGUUUCCCAUCACAGCGCCAGCCGCCUCUUGGCCAGCCGCCGUUUGUCGUAGAGAAUCCCUUGCAGGCUCAUACUAGAACAUCACCCGCCACCACUGCCCCGAAUAUGCAAGUAAGAUACACUCCGCCUGUAGCUCAUCAACAACAGAAUCAACUACCAAAGGCGAAUGGUCAGUCAUUUUUAAAUGUGCAGCCCACACAGGCUCCCAGUAUUCCUACCCACGACUCAUCAACCAUGACGCGUUUCCUUCAGCAGCAAACUCUACGGACGCGGACAGCCAAUUCACAACACACCCAAGUGGCAUCACAGAAUCUUAUGAUACAGCAGCAGCUUAGGAACCAGGUUCCACUGCCACGAGGGCAGGCCCAGGGACAACAAACACCUGUGACCCACCAACAGCAGCAAGUGCAACGUCAUCUCAUGCCAGCACAGGUUGCUCAAAAUGUUCUCAUGCAUACUCAAAGACCAGCUCAAGUCUCAAAUCAACCACUGCCACAAUCCGCGUAUCAGUUCCACUUUCAUACCAAUCCCAAUAAACAACAAACCCAAACAGCAAGCAGUAAUCAGCGGCCAUCCAUUCUUAGACGUAAUCAGAACUCUAGCAAUGUACAACCGAGACAUCCUUCUCCUAUGUCCCAACCAAAUCUACCUACGUCUCAGAACAAUCCAAGAUUUCAACAGAUGACCCAAAAUCGCGGCCCCCAAAGUGCGUUGGGACAAGUGCAAGCUACUAGCCUAUCAAACAUCAAUAUGACCAGUUUCAAUCAAGCCAUGCUCAAAGCACAUACAUCCACACCCCAGAUGCAGAACCAAGUCUUAUUUCAGCAAGCUCUACUGCAAUCCAAGGCAGCCGCUUCCACAAGGCAGAAUACUGUUGCUUCUGCCAAUCUUUUUGCGGGUGGUUCUGUGGUGAUGGCUAACCAACAAGCUACAAGCAGUGCCCAGGUGCGACUUGCUGGUCAACAACAACAACAACAACUAAGAAACGGAGCUCGUCUCAGUGUGAAUCGGCUUGGCCAACCACAAGGUCCUCGACUCACAGUCAACCAACUCACUGGUGUAAACGAGCUGGAUCCAAAUCGAGGAUUGAAAAUAAGUCAGAUUACUUCACCAGCUGCGACCGGUGGUAAUGUGCCUCCGAAUUUCACGACUAGCCAGAAAGUGAAUCCAGCACCAGGGUCUGGGGAUCUGCAGGGCCAGGAUGGUAAACUCUAUAUGAUGAAACCGAUAGGGCAAAGUUUUGUAUUGACGCCAUAUGGCAAUGAAAAAAUGACUUCUCAAAUCCCUGCUCCGACCGGUGCUGGUAGCACGGCCCGUAUCAAUAUCAACCUGUUGCAGAAUAUCAAGGAUACUGUGGCAGAUCCUAUCCUGCUGGCAUACCUCGAUGGGAAGGAUGUGCCGAAAAAUGUCAAGUUCAAAUGCAAACUUUGUUCGGCACAGACAGAAUCGCUGAAUAUGAUACGAUGGCAUUUGUACGCUCAUCACCUGCAGUCCGCUCCGAGGCCAUUCAAAUGUCUGAAAUGUACUGAGUCGUUCUUUAGUGAGAAACAUGCUUAUGAUCAUGCACGCGAUCGCCACCAUUCUGAAAAAUGUCAUGCGUUUGAUGAAUCAAUUACUCAGAUUGCACAAAAACAUUCUGCUACAAUGUUCAAGGUGUAUGCAGCCAUUGUCACUGACCAAGAUGAGGCAAAAGUUCAACACGCGAGAAUGUUUUCGGAAUGUCAGAUUUGCCUUCAGCGCAUGCAGGACCCUAAAAGUAUGCGUUUACACAUGGAGACAAUGCAUAAUCCAUUCAAGUCAGCUGCGUUCCAAUGCUGGUACUGUCCUGAAUGCAGCGAUAGUGAAGAGACAAUAAAAGAACAUGUCAAGAAGGCACACGUCAAUCAACCAUCGCAGUAUACACGAGACCAACCACCGGGGAAGAAGCGCGAGAAAAUCACCAAUCGCUUGAUGGAUUUUUCAAAACCUGUGCCCAUUACUCCAAAUGUCAAGUCGUUUUCUAUCACUGAAAACCAACCUGAGAAUGCAGAGGAGUCAGAACUUAUCUCUUGUCCACUGUGUACAUUUGUCUCAGUUCAGACUGUGUCGCUAGAGAAUCAUCUGAAAAACGAUCAUUUGCCGUUUAAGCCAUAUUUAUGCCAUGGGAACGACUUCAAAGCCGCGACAAUCAAAAUGUUGAAGAAACAUUUGGCACAGAAGCAUAUCGAGUGGCUUCAGAGUGGGUCAUUGCAUAAGCGUGUGAGCAUUGACGGUGAACUGUCGGCAUGUCAGGACAGAGAGACAACACGUCUGCUACAGAAAGCUCUUCAAAAAGGACUAGAGAACGCAAUUGAUUUCUGUUCAGCGGAACUCAUCCAAUUUGAUAACAAGUGCAGCGAGUGCCAGUACAAAGCGAGCACACAUACAAUGCUCGAGACUCAUAUCAAAUUGCGCCAUCUUAUGGCGACGCCGUAUAUCUGUCGUCUUUGCGGGAUUGCGACUGCUUUACGACAAAGCAUCAGGAACCACAUCGGGAAGAAACAUCCCAUUGAGAAUCCCGAUGAUAUUAUAUUCACUGAUGAAGCAGGAGAACAUUUACAAGAAGAGGAGACCAUGAAAAUUGUAAUUCGAUCCAUUUGUCUGAAUUCGGAUGACCAGGGUGAUGAAACUGCAUUGGAACCACUGCCAUCUGAAUCUAACAAAACAAAGUGUGAUUCUGACAGAACUGUAGAUGCUGUUGCCGUUGGGGCAGAUAUUGGAGACAGGGUGACACCUGGUGGUGAUGAUCAGGUCAAAACUACUCUACAGACAACGAUUACUCCACCUGUUCAACCAAUCAUAAACCUUGCUGUGUCAUCUGCUGCCACCUCUGUCCAGCCAGUCGUUACACCUGCCUUGCAACCUCUUGCAAACCUGCCAGCAACGCCUGUUGUGACUCCUGCUACGUUACCCUUGGCAACCCAGCCUCCCUUACAGUCACCUGUGCUGCUGCUACAUGUUGCAGUUCCUCAAAUGAGUGUGGCACCCUCCGCAUCCCAGACAGCACCAGUUCAACCGAUAAUCGACACUCCAUCAAGUGGAACGCGUAACACUACAUCUGAUGAAAUGAUAAGUGCUGCUAUCGGCUUAGCUCGCGUUAAAACUGAGCCAGGGUUGGAGGAGCCACAGCCAGGCCAGGAAACAAAGUCGGGCAGUGAAAGCAUACGAACCAGACUCUCAGAAUUUCUUGGUACCAGACCGGCUCGCGGUCAAGAACAGAACGCUAUAGAAGAUAAUGUGACAUCUGCACAAAGUCUCCCCCCAGGGCCAUCAGUGUUGAUGGUGAAUCAUCCAACACCUCCAGCUUCUGUCCCUGUCGCAGAUGCUGUGCAUGCAUUUGGGGUCGUUCCUGUUGCUGCUGCUCGAGAGAUUCCAAAUAGUCAUAUUUCUAGGUCAGCACCAAGUGAGACUGUUCUUGAUGAAGUGUCGCAGGAUGAGAUGAGAUCUCAAGGAGAGAAGAGCACGUCAGAUACUCAGGAAUGUCAAAAAGACAAACCGGUUGAUAGAAACGAUGAAAGUGGAGGAGAUAAACAGGCAACAGAAUCCUGCACAGACUUGAGUCAGUCUGUCCAGAGUCAGGCUGUCCAGAGUCAGUCUGUCCAGAGUCAGUCUGUCCAGAGUCAGUCUGUCCAGAGUCAGUCUGUCCAGAGUCAGUCUGUCCAGAGUCAGUCUGUCCAGAGUCAGUCUGUCCAGAGUCAGUCUGUCCAGAGUCAGGCGGGAGGAGAAAGGAAUAGUCUGGUUUCUGUGCGGACAGAUAAAGAAACCAAUGCAGUGGUUAUAUCAAUACCUGAUAGGGGGAGUACUAUGGAUGUUGACGUUUUAGACACCUUAAGUAUUCCGUUGGUUGCAGAGUCCACCAUUUCGAAUAUAUCAUCAGAAAAGUCUGUCGCUGGUCCUGCGAAAAAUAUACAAGAAACUGUCUCAAAAUCCAAAACUCUGCCAGAAAAACCAGCUCGAGUCGCUACUAUUGGUGAUAUUUCUAAAGUGACCAGUCUAUUUACUGGUAAACAAAUGAAAGAAACGCUUGGGAAAGCUAGCUCUGCCACAGCGGUGCAAUCAUCUCCAAUUCUAUCUCCCACCACACCAGAUGCAGCAGAUUUCGAAAAGGCAUUCAAAUGUCAUAAAUGUGAGGAAGUCUUCCCAAAGUUUGUUGAUGUGCGGCAACAUUGUAUUACCAGUCACUUCUCCGAAUAUUGGCAGUUCUAUUGUGAGGAGUGCGACUUUCGUACGUGGAAUCAUCCCCUGAUGCGUGAUCAUAUGAAAUCUGUUCACAACAGUUCAGACUUAGUCAAGAGUGAUCGUAAGCGCCAGGAGCUGCUUCAGGCUGAGCUGAAGGAUAUGCAAAAUUUUGUCAAGACAGUUUUAGUCCCAAAAAAAACUGGCCCAAGCGAUGAUUCUAAGAAAACCGCUGCACGCACUGGUAGAAUGUUAUCAACAAAAGACCUUAGCAUGGGUGACAUUAAAAAGAGAUUGCAAUUCCGCAAGCAAAAAUCAAAAUUGAAGGAUGCGUCGAAGGAGCAUGGACAGGGUUCGAAAUCACCAAUUGUUAUCAAUGCAGUUGUUUUGAAUGCACCGUUAGACAGGAUGCACAGUAUUGAAAAGGGCGCUUCCGAAGACACAGACUUUGUUGGGACUUGUUUUAAGUGUCAACAAUACAGACAAGGGAGCCUCGUGGAAGUUUGUAUACCCCUCAUUCAAAUCACGGUCGUCAAUGAAAAGGAGUGUUUGUUUCGCUGUGACUGCGACUAUUCUUCGACAAAGAUCCCAAUGAUCGUCUUCCAUUUGUGGUCUCAUACUGCAUUGAAUUUGUAUCACUGCGGUCUGUGCAUGGCAGAGGGAAACGAGAAGAAGGAAAUGGCCACGCACUGCCUGACGAAACACAACCAGGAAGUGGGCCUUCAUAGCAUUCGAUUGUUCAAAUCCAUUGUUAAAUUGCUGGAGAAACGCAUCGAGAAAGUCUCCGUGACACUGCAGGAAUAUCAUCGUAAACGCCCGGUCAUAUCGGCACCAGAGGAUAUCAAGCAGACACUCGAUAUCAAGAAAGCUUUGUAUAAGUGUUCAUACUGUAUUUAUCAACGAUCUUCCCUUUUGGAGGUCGUGCAACAUGAGCAGGACAAUCACUCUGUUAAUCUGACCAAGGUGAGCUUGGACUUCAGAGCGAGUAUGGACAAUGGUCUGACGGAACGUCUACACCGAGGUUCCAUUCAGAAACCAACAGUGGCUGCACCAGCUGCAGGUCCGAGUGGGAAGAAAUCGAAAAAGGAGGAGACAGUAACGUCACCUGGUGGUGAAAAUAGUAAUCAGAGCGACAAGAAAGGUGGCAAAUCUACCUCGGAAAAACAUGUGAUGAUGAAGAUUAAUCUGCAGAAAGGGAAACGUAAAGCAGUGAUCAUGAGUGAGAGUGAGGGGAGUAACUCGAGCUCCGAGGAGAAGAAGCCCACUCCGGUCACCAAGAAACGGCGUGGCAGUCUUCCACGAGAAAGUCGCUCCAAGGAGUGUCAUGUCUGCGACUAUAAAACGGACAACGAUAAAGAUUUGGAGCACCACCUAUUGUCAAAGCAUACAUCGAUUCGACCGUAUGAAUGCAGCAAGUGUAAAAAGGGGUAUUUGUUGAAAGAGGACGCACGUAAUCACAUUCAUCGCCGACAUCCAAAUGUCUCGGCAAAGUUAGUUAUCAUACGACACAUGGAGGUGAUUAUGAAUGAGGCGCGGUUACAAAUGAUGAAAUAUGCGCGGGAAAAACAAUCGGGCGGUGUUAGUAGUUCACAGUCUGGUGGGCCGUAUAAACGAAUCAAGGUGUGCGCAUCUGAUUCUGAUUUUAAUAAAACUCUCACCGAGUUAGCGCGGCAACUGAAGGAUCCCAAGUUCAUCAUGAGACCUGUCGUUAAACUGAAGGAUGUGACAAAGACAAAGCGUUUCAGGAAAUAUAUGAAAAGGAAGCACAAGCAAUCCAAAUAAAAGGUGGAUUUUGUGAAAGAUCGAACAAGGUCUUUCAAAAUAUUUCAAAUACUGCUUCACUCGUCACAAGACUGAUAAAAAUUCAUAUUUUUGGGUCGGUGUAUUUGCAGAGAUUUCUGUACUGUAGCAAGGUAUUUGAAAUGUUUGGGAAGCAUUUUGGCACAGGAAAAUAGAAAUUUGUGAAUUCUGGUUGUCCAGGCUACGUUAAGUGUGAGACUGAAAGUUAUUUUAAUCAAAAUAUGAUAUUUUUCUUGUGACACAGUAAUGUUUUCCAUUGUAUGUAUAUUUUAAAUGGGGCUGUUUUUGUUUUCUCUCUGGGUACAUCUUCACAAAGCAAAUUUCAAAUGCUUUUGUAGACUGUCCCUCAGUAUGUCGGGCGAAGGUGGUUCAGUUAUAGCCUCAGCAGAUUUAGCCUCUGUGGACAUUAGUGUGGACUGCCAGCUGUUUUCUAUACUGUAGGAGCUAGAAUUGAGGCCUACUGGGCCUGUACCACUUCAUACCUUAUCGCUAUAAGUUAUUUCAGAUGCUUCUUUUAUGCUGCUUUCAAAACCUUCCAUGUAUAUAUUUAAAAAUGUCAAAGUUUUCAACAGAGCUAGAGCAUUUCAGGGGUCCAUUUCAGGGGUAGGUCGAUUUCAGGGGUAGGUCCAGGGAUCUGAAACCAAUGAAUUCGACACCAAGGUGUAUUGUAUGUAAAUUUGAACUUGAUGGGAGAGUUUGGCCCAAUGCCUUGCAUGAACUAGAAUGUUCCUCUGCCAGUAAUUGUUUCGUUUAGAAAACUGUAUAUUUUCUUAUAUUUUUGCGAGUGUCAAUGUUAAUCUUGUACCCCUAUUCGAAAGAUUGACAAAAGGGGGGGGGAGAUUGUUCUGAAUGGUGAAUCAAAGACUGCCUUAUUAUAUUCAAGGGAAAACUCAACACGAAAGGGUCGAGCCCUUCAACAGAAAAUUUCUUUGAGCAACGAUUUGGUAUAACGGCAAGUUUGCAUAGAUGCUAGUUAGUUUCAUUUGUUACGUAUUCCAUUUCAAUAUUGUCAUUGUACGAGUUGUACAAUAUUUUAAUAAGAUAUCGAUCAGUUGAUUGUCAUGACCAUUAUAAUAUGUGCUCAGUCAGAAUAAAGUCUGGAGA